AUGGACGUUUCUAAAGGGGACUCAGAUAACUGUGCUACUCAUCCAGUUGUAUCUGGAAGAGAGAAACAUAUCAAUGCCAAAGAAACUUCCGAUGCAUCAGAACUCCUUGCACAGAUCGGCUAUAAGCAAGAGUUGAAACGUAAUAUGAGCUCAGUCCAAGUGUUUGGAGUUGCCUUCUCCAUUAUGGGGAUUUUACCAUCUGUCGCUUCAACGAUGAUGACAGGACUCAUGGGUGGGCCAGCAACGCUUCUGUGGGGAUGGUUCUUAGGAGGUGCUUUCGUAUUGACAAUUGGUUAUUGUAUGUCUGAGCUUGCAAGUGCCAUUCCAACAUCAGGUGGGUUAUACUACUGGACACACUACUAUGCCCCUCCGAAAUGGAGAAACCUCAUAUCUUUUGUUAUCGGUUUAACAAAUUCUUCUGCAAUAGCUGGUGGGUUAUGCUCAAUCACAUAUGGGAUGGCUGUCCAGGUUCUCAGUGCUGUUUACAUCUCGAAGGACGGAAACUUCAACAUUACUAACGGCCAGAUCUAUGGUGUCUUUGCUGCAUGCACAGUAACAGAGCUCUUGGUCUGUUCGCUUGCAUCUGGUGUCGUUGCUCGUCUCCAGGGCACAUCAAUUGUUGCCAAUUACAUCUUGGUUGUGAUAUUUUUGAUCGCUUUACCAAUUGGCACUGCCAAAAAUCGAUCAUUCAACGAUGGUAAAUUCAUAUUUGGUCAUUUUGAAAACCUCUCUGAUUGGCCUGAUGGAUGGGCUUUCUUCCAAUUUGGACUCAUGCCAGUUGUUUGGACCAUUUGCUGUUUUGAUGCGUGUGUUCACAUGUCGGAAGAGGCAAAGAAUCCCUCAAAAUCAGUACCUAGAGGCAUUCUAGGAUCGAUAACAGCCUGCUGGAUGAUGGGAUUUUUCAUUAUCAUUGUGUUAAAUGCAUGUAUGGAUCCCAAUGUUGAGGAGCUGAUCUCCACACCUUCUGGACAGCCUCUCACUCAAAUGUUCUACGAUGCUUUGGGCAAAAAAUGGGCAGUAGCCUUCAUUUCAUUGACAGCAAGUUGUCAAUUCUUAAUGGGCUGCAGUAUCAUGACAUCUCUCUCGAGACAGCUUUGGGCUUUUGCAAGAGAUGAUGGGUUCAUUUUUUCUAGUUUUGUCAAAGUUGUGAACAAAAGACUCUCUGUUCCUCUAAGGGCAGUAGGAUCUGCUGCAACUAUCAGUCUAUUGAUUGGACUGCUAAUCCUGGUUGGAGAGGCUGCCUCGAGUGCACUAUUUUCCAUUGGUGUUAUUGGUAGUUACGUUGCGUGGAUGACACCACAGAUCUUGCGACUCACCACAGGAAGAGAUAAGUUCACUCCGGGAUUAUUCCAUCAUGGCAUGAAGGCUUCCAUAGUGGCUAAUGUUUUAUCAAUCACUUUUAUGUGCUUCAUUAUCGUUCUCGCAAUGUUUCCAAGUUCCAGGCACCCAGAGAGCACCUCGAUGAACUACGCUGUCGUUAUAAAUUGUGGAGUGUGGGUCUUAGCCAUUGCAUAUUACUUUGCAUAUAAGAAGAGGUACUACUUUGGUCCCAAAUCAAACUUGGACGAGAGUGAAACCGAUGGAAUUUCGGCUGCAGAUAGCAAUGACAUUCUCAAAUGA